UGGUCUCGCUGUAUUUUUUAAGCGACAACGCAGUCGUACAACGGAGCACUUUUAACAAGCUCGCUUCUGUUUCCUGAACGCCAAAUCCGGAAAGUCAACAAGGGCGCAGAAUGUUGCUGUAAUUACACAGACGUCAUCUACUCUGGUCCGUGAACGCCACAUUCGGAGAGUCAACAAGGGCGCAGAAUGUUGCUGUGAUUACGCAAACGAGCCGCUAAUUGUUUGUGUUAUUGCUGCCUCUUUCGCAACUGCCUUCGAAAAAUGUAAAGCUCACACAUACAUAUACACGAUACAUUUUUCGGCGAGGUUUAUUAAUGUGUGGUGAGCGCAUGUGAAAUGUUUGCCCGGUAGCUAUCUGACAUGUGCAUAAAAACACACGUUCCAAACUCUUUUGAUAGAUUAGGGACUUAAAUCAUUUUAAUUUUUAUUCAUCUCCUUCAUUGAUGUGCAUUUUUUAAUCAAUGGACAAUUAAACUUUAACAACAAAACACAUAUUUACACACCUACGCUUGAGAAGGAACGGGAUGAAGAAAAUCGCAUAUUUCCUGCCCGCUUUAACAUAAUUCACAAGCAUACAAACCAAACAAAUACAUCCAAAUCUAAAAAAACUAACAAAAAGUACACAAAAAAUUGCAAAACUUUAUGAAGUACAAACCGAACAAAAAAACACCUUACGGGAUGACACAAAACAAAUACAAAACCAAUAAAAUAAUGAAUAUAAAGCAAAAUGUAAACACUUAUGAUGUCAUUGUUCUGUCUUUAUAUAUAUAUAUUUUUAAUUGAAAUACAUUUCUACAAUCUGUUAUCUCAUUGUAAAGAGAAUUCCAUAGUUUAACCCCCACCACUGAUACACACAUUUGUUUUAUAGCUGUCCUUUAACACUGAUGUUUGAAAUGACCUUUUCUUUUAUGCUCUUCAUUCUCAGUAGUGAAGUGAAGUGAAUUAUAUUUAUAAAGCGCUUUUUCCUCAAGUGACUCAAAGCGCUUUACAUAGUGAAACCCAAUAUCUAAGUUACAAUUAAACCAGUGUGGGUGGCACUGGGAGCAGGUGGGUAAAGUGUCUUGCCCAAGGACAUUGACUUGGAAGGCGUAAGCGGGGAUCGAACCUGCAACCCUCAAGUUGCUGGCACGACCGCUCUACCAACCGAGCUAUACCGCCCAAGUGAUGACAAAAAAAUACAAAACCAGACAAAAAAUAAGUAAAAUAAUAAAUAUAAAGCAAAAUGUAAACACUUACGGCUGUCCAAAAUUUUUUUAUUUCAUGCCCCCUUCAACAUAAGUAUUUAAUGGAUAGCCCAUAUUCACAAGCAUACAAACCAAACAAAUACAUCCAACUAUAAUGAAAAAAAAAAAAAACACACAAUAAAAACGUGCAAAACUUAAUGGAGUACAAACCGAACAAAAAAAACAAUAUACACCUCAUGGGAUGAUACAAAACCAGACAAAAAAAGGGUAAAAUAAUAAAUGUACAGUAAAAUGUAAACACUUGUGAUCUUAUUGUUCUGUCUAUAUAUUUUUUUUUUCUAUUGGAAUAUAUUUCUACAAUCUUUUAUCUUAUUGUAAAGACAAUUCCAUAUUUUAACCCCCACCAUUUGUUUUAAAGUUGUCCUUGAAUACUGAUGUUUAAAAUGACCUUUUCUUCUAUGCUCUUCAUUCUCAGAAGUUAUGACAAACAUUUUUUUUUAAUUCGCUCUUUGCCAUCACUUCUGAGAAUGAAGUGAAAUGACAUGUAUUUCCAAAUGUUUAUCAUUUAUAUAAACAUACAAUAGGAAUUAUUUUCGAAAUCGCACACAAAUUGGCAUAUCGUUUUACGUGCCGGCCUUUUAUUUUGAAGGACGCGCCCCUUGCCAUUGGCCAACCAUGUGACAUGGGCGCUCCGACCAAUCACAUCCCAGUUAGCUUGUUUAUUUACCAUCUGCUUUAUUUACCAUCUCACUCCGAGGCUUUUGUCCCGUCGAGGUUCGUACGCCGUCCGAGCUCCCACGCAGACCAUGUUUGCGCACGGAGCUUUCAUACACAGAACUUCUGGGUUGGCCGCGGGCGGCAACUUCACCACGCUCUGCCCCAACGGCUCCGCGUGGGUGUGGGAAGGUCUUGGCGAGUGCGCCCAGGACGGCAGAGACAUGGCCAGCAUCUAUCUGGGCCUGCUGUCCAUCCUCUGCUUCAUGAUGUCCUCGCUGCCGCAGUAUUACAGCUCCUGCAAAACGGGCAACAUGGACAGCGCUCUCUCCAUCUGGUUCCUGCUGCUGUGGCUGGGGGGCGACACCUGCAACUUGGUGGGCUCCUUUUUGGCCGACCAGCUCCCACUUCAGACCUAUACUGCGGUUUACUACGUGCUGGCAGACCUACUGAUGCUGGCCAUGUACUUGUACUACAAGACCAGGAACAAAAUGGAGGAAAGUAGGAGAGUGUUCCACGUGGUGGGCGUGGCCUGCGUCCUGGGCUUCACGACAGGCUUCGCCAACCUCCCAGGGUGGGGCGCCGCCCAACAGGAAGUGAUGUCAUCCCACUACACAGGGCGCACGUUGCUGUCCACCACUAAUCGUGCUGCUGUCAGGUCCUUCACGCCCAAAGAGAUCAUUGGUUUCUCUAUUGGCUCCGUGUCGUCCGUGCUCUACUUGUUCUCCAGACUCCCUCAGAUGUACACCAAUUUUCAGAGAAAGUCCACGGAGGGCGUGUCCUACUUCUUGUUUGCUCUGGUCAUCUUGGGGAACACCACCUACGGUCUUAGUGUGCUGCUGAAGAACCCAGACCAGGGCCAAGGAGAGAACAGUUACGUCAUCCAUCACCUGCCUUGGCUGAUUGGCAGCCUGGGGACUUUGUCUUUGGACUUGUUUAUCUCCUUCCAGUUCUUCCUCUACCGUAAAGCUGCAGUGAGGCUGCAUGCCGACCACUCUGAUGAGAUCACGCCUCUAAUUGGGAGCUAAGCCCCUCCCACCUCCAGAUCACAUGACAGCAAAUUGACUUUUAAUGUUCUACUUGUAUUUAUUGACUUGUGCUUUUAUCUUGAAAGGUGCAGACAACAUUGUUGGCAUUCCAAGAUGACUUUUAAAAAGGGAGUCAGGGGGGAAAAAAAGGUGUUAAAUCUCUUUUAUAAGGGAAAAAAAAAGGAACAUUUUUAAGUUGCCAAAUCAAAAGUUGCUGCUGCAUGAAUUAUAUUGUAACUUUGUUUUUAUGAUGUAAAUGUAACCUCUAUUUUUAUUGAUAACACACAAUGGUGCUUUUAAUUUGUUAAUUUUAGAUGCAUUUCAAGUUUUGUUUUAAGAUGCUUUUAUUGUGUUGUUUUUAGACACAUUUGCACAGGUGAUAGAUGGUAACCAUGGUAAUUACACUUUAUUUACAGUUUCACUCCUCAUCUCACUCUUUUUGCACACUUUUAUUGGUGAGUUUUCUAAAUAAACCAUUGAAUUCAA